AUGGAUUCGAAUUCAACAAUUAGUUUAAUGACUGAUAGUAAAGCUGAAUUAGUGGCAUAUUAUUCUGGAAGAGUCGUAAAUAAAUCAAGUAAAGAUAUAAUUGUAAUUGCAGUACCAAUAAUAGCAGGAACUAUCUUUUUCACAAUUAUAUGUUUAGGUAUUCUAUUUAGAAAGAGGAUUAGUUCAAUUAUUCAAAAAAAUAAAUCAAAUAAAGAAAAAUAUAAUAUAAAUGAUAUUAAAAUUCCUCAAUCACCUUCAACUAUAAUUACAACAAACAGUAAAAAUAAUAACAGUUGUAAUUAUUUAAAUAGUUCCGACAUUUCAAUGGUUUUAAAAAAUAGUAACGAUAAUAAUGAUAACAACAUUGAAAAUGCAUUUGAAAUUAUAGAAAUUCCACAUUUAGAUAUAGAAUUAAUAAAGUUUAAAAAAUAA